CCUUGAUGGAAGGCUGUGGGUGACGCCCUACUUUUCUUCCGGAACAGGAAAUUAACCAGAAUCGCUUUGUUUCACAGCUUUGUACAGCGCCCGAGUGAAGAUUAGGGACAGACUACGCUUGUUUUUGAAAGGUCGAUUUAGUCCGUAUUUCGAGGCAAACAUGUCUGUGUCGAAUCUCUUGAGCAUGAAGAAAAUUGUCCAGCAACUCCGGUUUGAAGCCAGCAUCAACAGGGUGAAGGUUUCGCUAGCGGCGGCCGAGCUUCAGCAGUUCUGCAUGCAGAACGCCACGCAGGACCCCCUGCUGACCGGCCUCUCCUCCAACACCAACCCCUUCCGCCCGCAGAAGGUCUGCACCUUCCUCUGAUCUGAUCCACACCACUCCACAGGAACUCCUUCAAUGGCAAAACGGACAGCUUUGGAGAGAGAACAAGAUGACGUUUUCCGAUGACCAGCCACCAUGACGAGGAGGAAACUGGGGCCUAUACGAAGAAGCUGGUUCAGGAGUAAACCAAGUUAAGUUAAGAGGUAAAUCAUCUAAUAGAAGAGCCUGCAGUCCUCAGAACUCCAGGCUCUUCUAUUUGAUGAUUUACCUCUUAACUUAACCUGGUUUACUCCUGAACCAGCUUUUGUAGUAUAGGACCCUGGACAAGUAGACAAGAAGACACAGACAUUCCUGGCAGCCACAAAGCUGAAAACUACUCAGAGGUUUUCAUUUCUACCUGCGGGGGAGUAUUCCAAGAACCUGGUUAAGUUAGUAGAAAUCCCGGUUAAAUUAACCUUGUGGUAGUGGUAAAUCGCCUAAUAGAAGAGCCUGAAGUCACUAUUUGCUAAAGUAAAUGACACAUGUGGGCUAUCUAUUAGCAGAUUACCACUUCAUCUAGAGUGGAGUUAGCCAGGUUUAUCACUUAACCAUGUGUUUUGGAAUAGCCCUCUGAAGCCGUAACAUAACCAUUUCAAGACGACAAUAUUUCUGUAUCUCAGGGGCCUAUACUAAGAAGUUGUUUCAGGAGUAAACCAGGUUAAGUUAAGAGGUUAGUUUCUUAAAACAAUUACAGCUAUUAAGUUGAUUGUAAUAAUUAAGAGGUAAAUCAUGCAAUAGAAGAUGACCCCUCACAGAAGAGCCUCUUCUAUUAGAUGAUUUACCUCUUUACUUAACCUGGUUUACUCCUGAACCAGCUUCUUAGUAUAGGCCCCUCAGGUGUUAAAUUAGCAUUUCAAAUAGUUGUAUUAUCGGGUUAAUUUGUGUUGUCACCUCUGCUGCCUUGAGAAUGACCGAUACACCGGCGGAGGAAAUACCUUGUUACAUGUUAGAGAUACACAAUGUGGACAUAGUUUGUUUUUGGUGCCUGUUUUUGCACUGUUCACGUUUUUAUUAACAAAUAAAUUUUCUUGUUAUUGUUAGCAAA